UAAUGAAUCUAGCCUUUGACUCCUAAGCGGUUGAACUUUUAACAAAUUAUGAGGACCUUCUAAAUUCAACGCUUGACCAAAGUCAACUUGAAUAGAUUUGUCACGAACUCAUAGACACCUUCUGUACAUUUUGGAAAUAUUUUUAGUUCUAUACAUAGAGGAGAUGUAAAACUAUAAAAGUGAAAUAAGUCUCGAAUUGAAAUCAAAGUAAACUGAAAUCGACAUGCUUCACUUACAAAUUACUAAAUAAACAAAUCAACUCGAAGAUCAAAAAGGUGAUUUAACUAGACAGAUUGAGAUAUGCUAAUAAUUGGAAUUGCAAUUGUAAUACUCCGAGUAGUAAACCUAGAAAUCCGAGAAAGAAAUCCUUUAAGUCGAAGCUGAACUCAGAAAAAAACUUCAUCAGCAGAAUCAAUAAUACAGAGAUUAAAUUUAAAUCCUAACAAGUGUGCAAUAGGAGAUAGAUAAAUAGAUUCUUCAACUCUCCAGAGAAAAGGGACAGCUGUAAUUAUAAUUUGAAAAACUCUAAAAGAAAUAUGAGGAAUAGUAAUUCUUAAUUACAAAUUUGACUGAAUAGUUGGCCAAUCUUCAAACAAACUCAAGUUUCAACACUAAAAUAUAGCAAAAUAAUGAUGCUAUAAUGGACAGUUAAGAUGAUUCUAUAGAAAUAAAGCCUCAAGAAAAAAGAGGUUUGUAUUCAAAUUGUAUUUCACAUAAUUAAAUCAAUUUCAAAUGGGAGAAAAUUUAACCUAGUAUAUCCUCUAUUCGGAAUUCGAUGACAAUUAUAAAUCCAACAAAUACAAGAUGUGACUUAUAAUCAAGACAAAAAAUUAAAUCUUUGGCUCUUCUGGGCAAUAAACAUGAAAAGCCAUGCGAUCCUUAUUAUGAAUUUUUUAAAUUGGUACUUCACAUAGUUUAUUAUUUUUAGAUUACUCAAUGUGUCAAAUUAGACUUAGGAUAAGCCCACAUAUUUACAAUGAACUUUGAUUAUCUUUUUGAAAGAUUUAAAAAUGAUUGUGUUCCAUUCAACCAGUGGUAUAAGAAAAUACUUGAUGAGAUUUUUACAUGA